GCGGCGAAUGCCCCUCUUGCUCUGUGCGGGAGACGUGAAGCCUGGCGCUGGGACCGGCCCGCGAUGGAGUGACUCUCCUCCCCGGCCUUUCUGCACGGACGGCGCUAGCCCCGCGGAGCCAGACCAGGGCAGCUUUCUCCUCAGGCCGCCGCAGCGGCAGCGACCGGUUAAGGGCGAGCGGACCCCGUCCGGCCGGUGAAGCCCCCGGGGGAGGGGCAGCUGCUGCUGGGUGCCCGGCUGCCGGGCUCGGGGCGCGGAGCGAUGGCGGCGCGGGGAGCCAGGCGGCUCCUCGGCUCCCUGUGGAUCGCCCUGCUCCUAGGGCAGCCGGACCCGGCCGGUGCCGCCAGGAGCAGCUCGCAGAGCCCCGCAGGGUCCACCGUGAGAACCUUCACUCCGUUUUAUUUUCUGGUGGAGCCAAUGGACACGUUAUCAGUUCGAGGGGCUUUUAUCAUACUGAACUGUUCAGCUUACUGUGAGCCUUCUCCAAAAAUUGAAUGGAAGAAAGAUGGGACUUUCCUAAAUUUGGUGUCAGAUGACCGGCGCCAGCUGCUACCAGAUGGAUCUUUAUUAAUAAACAGUGUGGUGCAUUCCAAACACAAUAAACCUGACGAAGGAUAUUAUCAGUGUGUGGCAACCGUGGAAAGCCUUGGGACCAUUGUAAGCAGAACAGCAAAGCUUACAGUAGCAGGACUUCCAAGGUUCACUAGCCAGCCAGAAUCAACAUCUGUCUAUAGAGGAAACAGCGUAAUUCUGAACUGCGAGGUUAAUGCUGAUCUGGUACCAUUUGUGAGGUGGGAGCAGGAUCGUCAACCACUCUUUUUGGAUGACCGUGUAUUCACAUUACCAAGUGGAGCUCUAAUCAUUAGUAAUGUUACAGAUGGGGAUGGCGGACUCUAUCGCUGUGUCAUUGAAAGUGGUGGUUCGCCCAAAUACAGUGAUGAAGCAGAGCUUAAAGUUCUUCCAGAUCCAGAGGUUCCAUUAAACCUGGUGUUUCUGAGGCAACCUUCUCCACUUACCAAAGUUACUGGGCAAAGUGCAGUUUUCCCAUGUGUCACUGCAGGAUUUCCAACUCCAGUUGUCAGGUGGAUGAAAAACGAAGAAGAACUUACCACAGAAGGCUCUGAAAAAUUUCUGUUACUGGCGGGAGGGAGCCUGGAGAUCAGUGAUAUCACAGAAGAUGAUGCUGGGACAUAUGCCUGCAUUGUGGAUAAUGGGAAUGAGACAAUUGAAGCUCAAGCAGAACUUGCAGUUCAAGCUCCACCUGAAUUUCUGAAGCAGCCUGCUAAUAUUUAUGCUCAUGAAUCUAUGGAUAUUGUCUUUGAGUGUGAAGUGACUGGGAAACCAACUCCAACAGUGAAAUGGAUCAAGAAUGGAGACAUGGUGAUCCCUAGUGACUACUUCAAAAUUGUAAAGGAGCAUAACCUGCAGGUUUUGGGUCUUGUGAAAUCAGAUGAAGGAUUCUAUCAGUGCAUUGCAGAAAAUGAUGUUGGAAAUGCACAGGCUGGAGCACAGCUGAUAAUACUUGAACAUGAUGUUGCCAUCCCAACAUUACCUCCCACUUCACUGACCAGUGCCACUACUGACCAUCUAGCACCAGCUACAACUGGACCAUUGCCUUCGGCUCCUCGAGAUGUCGUGGCCUCCCUCGUCUCUACUCGCUUCAUCAAACUCACGUGGCGGACACCAGCAUCAGAUCCUCAUGGAGACAACCUCACCUAUACGGUAUUCUACACCAAGGAAGGUAUAAACAGGGAACGUGUUGAAAAUACAAGUCGUCCUGGAGAGAUGCAAGUGACAAUCCAAAACCUGAUGCCAGAGACCGUGUAUGUUUUCAGAGUUGUGGCUCAAAACAAACAUGGCCCUGGAGAGAGCUCAGUACCACUGAAGGUGGCGACUCAGCCUGAAGUUCAACUUCCUGGUCCAGCACCGAAUAUUCGAGCAUAUGCUAAUUCACCCAUUUCAAUCACUGUCACAUGGGACACACCGUUGUCGGGCAAUGGUGAAAUCCAGAACUACAAGCUCUAUUACAUGGAAAAGGGGACAGAUAAUGAACAGGAUGUUGAUGUUGGAGGUCACUCCUACACCAUUAGUGGAUUAAAGAAAUAUACCGAGUACAGCUUCCGAGUGGUAGCCUACAAUAAACACGGUCCUGGAGUCUCUACCCAAGAUGUUGUUGUGCAGACUCUGUCAGAUGUCCCCAGUGCUGCACCCCAGAAUCUGUCGCUGGAAGUGCGGAAUUCCAAGAGCAUCAUGAUACAUUGGCAAACCCCUCCUGCAGGAACACACAAUGGUCAAAUCACUGGCUACAAAAUUCGCUACCGUAAAGCAUCUCGUAAGAGUGAGGUAUCCGAGAGCAUUGGCGGGACACAACUUUUCCAGCUAAUCGAAGGUCUUGAGCGAGGUACAGAAUACAGUUUCCGUGUGGCUGCCUUAACAAGCAAUGGUACAGGACCAGCUACUGAUUGGAUAUCAGCAGAAACUUUUGAGAGUGAUCUAGAUGAAACUCGUGUUCCAGAAGUUCCAAGUUCCCUACAUGUUCGCCCACUUGUUACAAGUAUUGUAGUGAGCUGGACUCCUCCUGAAAACCAGAACAUUGUGGUAAGAGGAUAUGCUAUAGGGUAUGGCAUUGGCAGUCCUCAUGCACAGACUAUCAAAGUGGACUACAAACAACGCUAUUACACCAUUGAGAACUUGGAUCCAAGUUCCCACUAUGUCAUAACUCUGAAAGCAUUUAACAAUGUUGGUGAAGGAAUCCCACUCUAUGAGAGUGCAGUGACCAGGCCUCAUACAGACACUUCCGAAGUUGAUUUAUUUGUUAUUAAUGCUCCAUACACUCCAGUGCCAGAUCCCUCCCCCAUGAUGCCACCGGUGGGAGUUCAGGCUUCCAUUCUGAGCCAUGACACCAUAAGGAUCACUUGGGCAGACAACUCUCUGCCGAAAAAUCAGAAGAUCACAGAUGCUCGCUACUACACAGUCCGCUGGAAAACAAACAUUCCUGCAAACACGAAGUACAAGACUGCAAACACAACCACCUUGAGCUAUUUAGUGACCAGUUUAAAACCAAACACCUUGUAUGAGUUCUCUGUGAUGGUGACUAAAGGUCGAAGAUCAAGUACUUGGAGUAUGACAGCUCAUGGAACUACCUUUGAAUUAGUUCCUACAUCUCCACCAAAAGAUGUGACUGUGGUGAGCAAAGAGGGAAAACCUAGGACAAUAAUUGUAAACUGGCAGCCUCCGUCUGAAGCCAAUGGCAAAAUUACAGGAUACAUCAUUUACUACAGCACAGAUGUGAACGCUGAGAUACAUGAUUGGGUCAUUGAGCCUGUGGUGGGAAACAGAUUGACACACCAGAUCCAAGAGUUAACCCUUGAUACGCCAUAUUAUUUCAAAAUCCAGGCCCGCAACUCCAAGGGCAUGGGGCCUAUGUCGGAGGCAGUACAGUUCAGAACACCCAAAGCUGAAUCCUCAGAUAAAAUGCCUAAUGAUCAAGCAUUAGGGUCUGCAGGAAAAGGAAGUCGGCCAUUGGAUAUAGGACCUGACUACAAACCACCCAUGAGUGGCAGUAACAGUCCUCAUGGAAGCCCCACAUCCCCCCUGGAUAGCAAUAUGCUUCUAGUCAUAAUAGUAUCUGUUGGAGUGAUCACCAUUGUGAUAGUGGUGAUUGUUGCGGUCUUCUGCACUCGUCGCACCACCUCUCACCAGAAAAAGAAACGAGCUGCCUGUAAAUCAGUGAAUGGGUCCCAUAAAUACAAAGGAAAUUCCAAGGAUGUCAAACCCCCUGACCUUUGGAUCCAUCAUGAGAGACUGGAGCUGAAACCCAUUGAUAAAUCUCCAGACCCUAACCCAAUCAUGACAGACACCCCAAUCCCUCGCAACUCCCAGGACAUCACACCAGUUGACAAUUCCAUGGAUAGCAAUAUCCAUCAAAGGCGCAACUCAUACAGAGGGCAUGAGUCAGAGGACAGCAUGUCCACAUUGGCAGGAAGAAGAGGGAUGAGGCCAAAAAUGAUGAUGCCAUUUGAUUCUCAGCCCCCUCAGCCUGUGAUUAGCGCUCAUCCCAUCCAUUCACUCGAUAACCCUCACCAUCAUUUCCACUCCGGCAGCCUCGCUUCUCCAACUCGCAGCUAUCUCCAUCAUCAGGUCAACCCUUGGCCGAUUGGCACAUCCAUGUCCCAUUCAGACAGGGCCAAUUCCACAGAAUCUGUUCGAAAUACACCGAGCACAGACACCAUGCCGGCUUCCUCAUCUCAGACAUGUUGUGCUGACCAUCAAGAGCCAGAAAGUGCCACAGCAUCUUAUCUGGCCAACGCGCAGGAGGAGGAUUCAGGUCAAAGUCUCCCUACUGCCCACGUCCGUCCCUCUCACCCUCUGAAGAGCUUUGCAGUGCCAGCAGUUCCACCCACAGGUUCCACAUAUGACCCAGCAUUGCCAAGUACACCAUUAUUGACGCAGCAAGCUUCUAACCAUCCAGUUCACUCGGUGAAGACUGCGUCGAUCGGGACUUUAGGGAGAACUCGACCACCUAUGCCAGUGGUAGUGCCCAGCGCCCCCGAUGUGCAGGAGACCACCAGGAUGCUUGAGGACUCAGAAAGUAACUAUGAACCGGAUGAACUGACCAAAGAGAUGGCCCACCUGGAAGGACUAAUGAAGGACCUUAAUGCCAUCACUACAGCAUGAACAUCUUCACCAGGACAUGACUCCAAAUCCAGUUUCACAAGUCUUGGAACUCAGCCUUGGAACACAAGGAAUUGUACAGAGAAAGAGAGGGACAGCACACGAGAGCAGACGUAGAAAGCAAACAAACCAACUGGUGCAUUAAUGCUAAUGCUGGUUAAAAAGAUGACUUUUCUCCUCCUCAUCCUGAAACAAAGUCAUUGCCAAGUUGAAGUCUUGUUUGCCUGCUGAGACCAUGCAGGAUGGGACACUUCAGGUGAAAUCUAGUGUCCAAGCAAGAGGGGGAAAAAAAUCAAAUGGACUUUACAUUCUUUUUCUGGUCAGGUUUUGUCUCAGUGGUGUGAUUGCCCUGCCUUUUCAGUGUUGGACAUUCGCAUUUAUGUACAAUUUUAUUUGUGUGUUUUUAUUUUAUUUUAUCUUUUUUUUAUAAAAAGGAAAAAAAUUGUGUAAUCUGAAAAAAAAGAAAAACAUUGUUGUUUUCCACAGCCUAGACUGAUGUUUGACUGCUUGUUCUAUUGUGUGUGGAAAUUCAUUGCCAGUGUGGGGUAUUCUGUUUUGUUUUUUUUAUUCUGCAUAUAAUUACAUCCCCUUCCAGCAGUUAAUCCAUGGCCAUUUGGGAUGCUGCAUUGCUAUUUGUAAGCUCUUUUAUUAUUUUUAUAUUAUAAUUAUUAAAAGCCUGACUUUCUCCUCUCAUCACUGUGAGAUUACAAAUCUGUUUGAAUUGAAAUGUAACAUUGAAAGACUUGUUUGUCGCUUUUUGUGCAGUUUCAAUACUUUAAUGGGGAAGGGGGAGGGGAGCCAAGGGCUAAUGGGAGGUUUCCUUAUUGUUGUUUUCCAGUCUUCAUAUGUUCACUAAAAGACUGAAGAAAAUGAAAGCA